UGAUUUCGGGUACUACCGCCCGGAGAACCAAUCCGAGUGUGUGGAGCAGCCGGAGCUGAAGGGCCACGACCUGGAAUUCUGCCUGUACGGCCGCCGGGAGCUGCUCCGCACCAGCGGGUACCGGAAAAUCCCAGGGGACAAAUGUUCCGGAGGGGAGAGCCCGAGCCGGGAGGAGACGGACAUGAAGAAGAAAUGCACCAGUGACCUGCUCAGCCCCGGGCAACUGGUGGGUGCUGGGACAGCUCCGGGUGUCCCCAGGGAGCUGGAAAUUCCGGGAUGG